AUGCUUCUCUUUGUAUAUCGACGCCUGCCGUCGUCGUUGCUACUGCUGACAAGCCUCCUCCCCUUCCUCCUUCCUCACAGUAUUGUUGAUAGCAAUUACAGCUCGCACUUUCCUUCUUCUCUACACCAACCGACCGACCACAGCUAGUUAUUUUGGGGUCAACUGCAUUUCAAUGAAAUCUCAAAAUGAUGGUCUGCCACUCUAUGAUGAACUUUGCAACAAUAACAACAGUUCCAGAUACUUUGUGGAUGAUUUUGGAUUAAUAAUUACUAACAGCUUUAUGUAUGACAUCCCCCCACUAAAUAAUUGAUUACUAGAAUUCCUUGUCAAAAAGGACACUUAGCAAAUUUGAAUCAUGGCUUUGUAUGGAAAUUACCAUUUUACAGUAUGUCUACAAAAGCCACCAGAAAGAAGGACUCAGAGGGAUCUGGAUAUCAUUUACUCUUACCUCCAUGGAAUGGAAGCAUUGUCCUUAUCAAGAGAAUCGGCACUGAAAGCUCUCUGCCGAACUGUUCGCUAUGAACACCACGAUGCUAAUGAAAUCUUGUAUUGUCAGGGGGAAUUAAGCACCUGUUGGUACAUCUUGUUAUCUGGAUCAGUCUUUAUUGAAGGUUCAAUGUUUCUUCCAAGAAGCAGUUUUGGCAAACGUCCUCCAGGAUGUACACGGCGGACCAGCGAGUGCCUUACUUUGGAGCCAUCGGAAAUGAUUGUGAUUGGUUAUCCUGAUGUUCACCUUCUGAAAGGUGGAUCCCAACAACAACAACAGCAACAACAACAACAACAACAUCAACAACAACAGCACCAACAACAGCAGCAACAACAACAACAACAACAACAACAGCAGCAGCAACAACACCAACUUCCACAACAGCAGCAGCAGCAACACCACCAACAACAUCAUCCCCACCAUCACCACCACCAACAACAACAACAGCGGCACGGUGGAGGUGCCAUUAUGAAUGUACCUCCAGAGCAUUCUGUGGCUGGAGUUGACCCCAAUAUGAAGUUUAAUCGAAUGCAUUCCGACUCUAGCACUGACCAAAUGGCUCCAGAAUAUUCCAACCAUCUCACUCGGCUGGCUGACCAGUGUUUGAGGGAAAGUUGGUUGAAGCGGAAUUCUCGGGCAAGUGACACGUCAAGUGCAUACUCUGGGUCAGAUGUAAUGCAAUCCUCGAUAGAUGGGCAGGAAAAUGUUGACCUCGAGUACAGCGGCCUGACAGAAAGCAUGGUAGAUUCUGAUGAAGAAGAAGGUUAUGGAGAAUCUUCAGAGCGAUUUGAUCUUUUCCAGGAGCUCUAUACAACACGAGAUAUUGUGUACGAGAGUCUGAAGAAAGAUCCAGACAAGAGGACUGAAGAUGAUAUUGAAACACUUUUGGAUUUUAUGAGACACUUUUCUGCUUUUGCAAACAUGACACUGGCCACACGGCGGGCUCUGUGUGCAGUCAUGGUUUAUGCACAAGUAAAGGAGGCUGGCACUCAAGUAAUGAAAGAUGGAGAAAUGCUCGACUCUUGGUCUGUGAUUCUCAAUGGAGAAGUAGAAAUUACAUACUUAGAUGGGAACAAAAAGAUUUUAACAAUGGGAAACAGUUUUGGUGUUUCUCCUUCUCUGGAUGUACAAUUGAAUAAUGGUGUCAUGGUAACCAAAGUUGAUGACUGCCAAUUUGUCUGCAUUGCACAAGAUAAAUAUUAUAAUAUCUUACAUGAGGGUGAAGAAAACACAAGAAAGCAUGAGGAACAAGGCCAGGUUGUCAUGGUUACUGAACACCGUGUAUUAGAUGGUUUAAACAGAAAGGGACAUAUUGUUAUCCGCGGGACUUCUGAACGUCUGAUGCAACAUUUAAUCGAGGAGGAAAAUUCUUCAGUCGACCCUACCUACGUUGAAGACUUCCUUUUAACAUAUCGUACAUUCCUCAGUAGUCCAACAUUUCUGGCCAAUAAGUUAUUGUCUUGGUUCAACAAUAAUGAACUUGGAAAAUCCAAUCUCAAGAUGAAGGUUGCCAGAGUGGUGUUAUUGUGGGUGAACAAUCAUUUCAAUGAUUUUGAAAUGGAUGCAGUUAUGUGUGAAUUUUUGGAGCAAUUUGAAAAUUUAUUGGUCCAAGAGAAAAUGAAUAGUCAACUGCAUCUUUUGGAGUUGGCAUGUUCCAGCAAAGCACACCCAAGAACAGUAACUCUAACGCGAGCAACUAGAGAAGAGAUUUUAAAUUUUCUCAUUAUUGGUGGACUAGAAAGAGGUGCUGGAAUCUUUGUAACACAGGUUGAGAAAGGAUCAAAAGCCUACGAUGCUGGUCUGAAAAGAGGGGACCAGAUUUUAGAAGUAAAUGGUGUCAACUUUAUUAAUGUACCUCACAGUAAAGCACUUGAAAUAUUAAAAGGGGCCACUCAUUUAUCUAUCACUGUAAAGUCAAAUCUUUUGGAAUUUAGAGAACUUCUAACUGAAAAGAAACGAUCCAGUGGCAUGAAAGAUGAACCAAUUAAAUUGUAUACAGAUCACAAACAGAGGCUUUCAGCACCUGAUUUAGAAGCAUCUUUGGCUCCAGCCAUUUCUUCUGUAAAAGAGAAGAAAAAUGACAAGAAAGAAAGAGGUUUUAUGACAAUGACUUAUAAGCCGAAGAUCCGGAAGGCUUUGAUGAAAAUGAAUUUCAUCCCAAAGCUGAACAGCAGUGAUAACAGUAUGAACCAUUCAGAUGAAAGCUUAUAUACAAAACCUUCUCGCAAGUCUUCCACGUCAUCUUCUACGUCAUCAUCAACUGCUGGAAUGUCUAGCCAUCUGUCUAUCAGCAACCCUGAUUUAUCAGUUUCUGGUUUAACAGAUGAUCCAAAGACAGACUUUCCGGACCAUGUCCUUAAAAUCUAUCGCUCGGAUCAAUCCUUCAAAUAUCUUACAGUUUACCGGGAAACUGAUUCAAGAACUGUUGUGAUGCUGGCAUUGCAAGAGUUUGGGAUUACUGACCCAAGUCGAAAUUAUUGCUUGUGUGAAGUAACAGUAACUCCUGAAGGGUUAACUAAACAGAAGAGGUUACCAGAACAAUUACAAAAUCUCCAUGAAAAACUUGGACUUAACAGCAGAUAUUACUUGAAAGACAACAUAAGUACAGGUACUUUGGUACCUGAAGAAAUGAUGGGCGAAUUAAUCAAAGAAUCUCAGAUUAGCCUGUUACAGCUAAAUACCAUGGAACUUGCUUCUCAAUUGACCCUGUCUGACUUUGAAGUGUUCCGUGAGAUUGAACCAACAGAAUACAUUGAUGAUAUCUUUAAAAUAAAUUCUAAAUUUGGCUGUCAUAACAUUAGAAGAUUUGAAGAACUUGCAAACCGGGAAAUGUUUUGGGUGGUAUCGGAAGUCUGCAGUGAAACCAAUCCUGUUAAACGAAUGAAAAUAUUAAAGCAUUUCAUCAAAAUAGCGAAACAUUGCAAAGAUUGUAAAAACUUCAAUUCUAUGUAUGCCAUCAUUGGGGGUCUUGGACAUGGUGCAGUAUCAAGACUUAGGAACACAUGGGAUAAACUACCCAAUAAAUAUCAGAAGAUGUUUCAGGAUCUUCAAGAGUUAAUGAAUCCUUCACGUAAUAUGGCCAAGUACAGAACCUUGAUUAGUCCUGAAAAUACACAACCCCCAAUGUUGCCUUUCUUCCCCGUUAUCAAGAAAGAUCUGACAUUUAUUCACUUUGGCAAUGAUUCUAUGGUAGAUGGCUUAAUCAAUUUUGAGAAAUUGCGUAUGAUUGCUAAAGAAAUCCGCCAUAUAUGUGACAUGUGUUCUGCACGAUAUGAUGUAAGCAAUAUGUGUCUGAAUGCACACACUGUCUAUGGCAGUUCAACUAUCUCAGGUGUUGCAACACUUAAAAGAACUAAAAACAGAAGAGGAUCAGCAGUGCCGAAUGCUAAAAAGAUGUAUGAGGAGGCUCAGAUGAUCAAACGUGUUAAGUCGUACUUGAAUAAAAUGCCAGUGAUAACUGAUGAAGACAAAUUGCAGGAGUUGUCCCUUCAGUGUGAACCUCCUCCAACUCGUCGGAGAGACACUUCUCCUGCGCUCAACGUUGCUAACUCCAGUGGCGUUACAAUAAAUGCUAAUGAUGAAAAACGUUCAUAUCCUGUUGGUCCAAAGUUUGGUGCUCAUCUCAUGCAUCGCUGUUCCCCUGGGUCUCUAAGUGCUUUGCAAUUUCUUCCUGGAAUCUACCCUUUUAUAAAGGAUUCAAAAAGUGAUAGCAGUUCCGAGUCUCCUGAGGCUGUCCGAAAACUUCUGGCUUUAUCUAAUAAAGUCCGCCCACACAACCCUAAACAACACCAUCCCCCCACUCCUCUUACUAGUCCUAUAACUCCACGACGACCUACCUCACCAAGGCAAACCAGGUCCGUUCCGGUGCUCCUUUCUCACGAGAGUUCUUCUGUCAACAGUAUGAGUAAUUUAACUCGCAAACCUAGUCGAACGGGUUCAAUAGGUUCAUCUGAAUCUGCAAGUCCAACUAGUAGUCUGAACAGCUACCAGCACCAGUACGAAACUGAUUCUGGACACAACAGCAUUGCUUCCUCCAACUUUGAUAGUCGCAGCACCAGCUCGAUUGGCUCGUCCAACUCUCCAACUCCAGCUAGACGUAUCAAUCAUGUUCCACAGAGCGCAGUUCUUCCAACAUUAACCUAUCAAGCUCCAUCACCACCAGUUAUUGUGGCAUCCGUCAUGCCACCGUCUCCCACCUCUUGCUUGUUUCCCUCUCAAGUACAGCAACCACAUCUUGGCACCAACAUCCCGCGUCCACCACUGCCACCAUACCAUGUUGCAGUGCAGAGUGCUUCAAUGAACUCUUCAGCUUAUAGUCACUGCAUCCAACAGACAUACACGAACAUGCGUCGGCCACCCUUGCCUGACUACCAUUCUGCUACCCAAAUGGCUCAUCUUGCACGCCAGAAACAAACUUGGCAAUUGGAACGAGCCCAUUCACAUGAAGGGGUGAUAGGAUACUACAAUGAGGAAGAAUUUGAGGCAACUGAGGACGGCAGUAAUAAUGCUUGUCCUGCUGACAACAACACAAAUUCUUCAGAUCAUUCCUCCCCCCUCAUUGAAGUUGAUGAAGAACAAGUUUCUGCUGUCUGAGAUGGACAUUUUCUUGGGUGCAGCGUCUUGAGGCAUUUCUCAACUCGACACUAUCAUAAUAAUUUUUAUCUGAAAUGAAUCCUCUGUAGAAUAAAAAAAAGUUUACUGGUAUGGAUAUUAAAACAGAUCUGACAGUUUUUCCAGAAAGUCUAACUUUAUAGUUCCUCAUCACAUGUUGACCAGUUGUGAUUGGCUAUUUACCUUACUGACUUCAAAAUACGGCUACUGUUAUGUCUUUGGUCAUUAGCUAUCUCACCUUUCCUGUCACUAUUUAUAAAUUUCACUAGAUUGCUGAUAUCAAUUUUGCAGCAAAUGAACACAUUACAUUAUCAGCCAUCAAUUAUGCUUGAAAACUAAGGAGAAAUUCAAGUUUAUUUUGUAUAUUUUUAGAUAUAUCUUCUCUCUUUUUAACGAAUAUAAACUUCAUUGAACAGAAACUGAAGAGAAAAUCAGUUCAGAUCGGAAUUAUUUGUUUCAUUCAUCCAGACAACAUAGCCAAUAUAAAACACAUCUAUUUUCAAAUAGUUCUGGUUUCUUCAUCUUUCUCCCAUCAUUCAGUAACAUUUAUGGAAAAAAAAAUAAAAAUAAAUAAAAAAAUUCUUAGCCUGAACACUAUUUGGUAAAAAAAAACAACAAAAAAACAAACAAAAACAAAACAGAAUUCUCUUCAUUUGUGUAUUAAUAACUUAAUUUCAAGACCUUGUUUUGAAAUUUGUAACAGAAAAAUAUUUAAAGAAAAGAACUCUAUAUUGUUUGCACUGAUUAAAGAAUCGGUUUUUACAAGGAAGGAGUUAAGAAAAAAGAAGAAAGAAAAAUAAAAGUAAAAAAAAAAAAAAAUGGGAAAUUCUCAGAAGUAUGGAUAUGUAGAACUAAUAUAUUAUUUAUCCCAUUAUGAAACUUAUGUUAAUUUUAGGUCUAUCUGCUGCAGUUUUGCCUCUACAUCACUCCUCUCUCAUCUGCUCAGUUGACCUAGCAGGAAGUUUUGGAACAACAUUUGCUGCUAUUUAAAAAACAGUUUAAAAAAAAAAAAAAAAAAAAAUCUGCUUU